AUGUCUUAGAAUUUCUAUACACUAAUUGCUUUUGCAUGUGUGAAUGUGGUUUGCAGUUCUUUCAUUGUGUUCACUUAUUUGGCAUGGAAGGUCGGUCGUAAAUCUCCAGGAGACAUAGUGUUUGCUUUGGGGAUCUCCCAAUUGAGUACUUCAAUAUAUUGGAUGAUGUCAAGUCCUGAUGUUAAUUCUCCGAGUAAUCCAGAGAAAAGCUUGAAUGAGUCGUCUUAUUGCAAGUGGGUUGAUUUUACACAGAACUUGGGGUUUUUAGGUUAAUUUAUAUACAAUUUUGCAUACUGCUUCACGAUGAGGUAGGAGAUCACGAACGUGCUGAAAACGAAUGCGAAGUUUAAGAUGUUCCUUCAUUCCUUCUGUUUAGUGUUCACAUUAUGUAUUUCAUUGAUUCUGUUUGCUUUCCAGCCUGAAAUCUAAAAAGGAGCAACGAAGACAGUGGUGGACAGCUGCAUCAACACGAUAAUCUUGGAAAGGAACUACUUGCCAUUGGCUCUUUACGUAUUUGAAUUUGUGUACAUCAUAUCAGCACUAUACACAAUAUGGUACUUCUAUUAGAACUUACCGAAUGACGACACUUUUAGAACCAACAAAAAGUCGUCGCUCUUCAGAUACGUCAUGUACAUCAUCUCGACCAUAGUUCUAUCUCUUCUGAUCAUGCUCAGCACUUUUAUCUAAACGAGUGAACAUCCGUCAUAUAAACCAGCGAAUUUGGACAUAGUGAUGCUGAUAUCGACCUGUUUCUUUUACACUUUGGGUUCUGGCAUUCUAUGCUAUCAGAGAGUAAAGAAUCCUGCUCUGUUGCGUAAGAUUGUUAACAUGGUUCAUAAAGCAUUUUAUCCACAACCGAAGAAGGAGAUUGAGAUUGUUGAUGUGGACACACAAUUCAUUGAAGUGCAGAAGUUCAUAAGGAUGUUUCAAAUUAGGAGUGUGUUGGCAGGGAUAAUUUAGUAUUUCAACAACAUUGAAGAGUAUUUAGACGAUUCUCAAUUGGAGGAGAAUGUGGAUGGAUCUGAGACUGAUGCUGAGAGAACUUCGCAGUUGAUAAUCUAGGCAAGGGCAACAUACAAUAAUGAUAUCACAUUAAAUGCUCAUCUCAUAAGGGAAACUCUGAGUGAGGAUCAAAUAGCUAUAGCACGGACUCUGGACAAAUACAAACUUAAUAAUUAAGCACUGAACAAGGAGUUUAAUUUUUACGUUAAGGAAACCCAACACACUAAGGGCAAGAAUCCGAAGAUGUUUGCCUUGGCUCCCAAGUAUUUUUACUAUUUAUUUAAAUUUGACAACUUGGACAUCGAUGCUUAUGAUUCCUUCUCGCUGGAAAAGAAUGCUGAGUUGAUUGAAAAUAUGAUCAAUGUGGAUGGAGGCAAAUCGGGGGAGUUCUUCUUCUUCAGUUAUGACAACAAAUGGAUUCUCAAAACUAUUACUGACAGGGAAUUGAACAGCUUCAGACAACGAAUGCCAGAGUACUUCCAUCAUAUGAGUGAGUACAGGAAAUCUCUCAUCAAUAAGAUUUAUGGGAUCUUCUCCUAUGACAUGAAUUACUUGUCGUCCAGUUGUGGCAUCAUCUAUCACAUGGUCUUGAUGAGGAACAUAUCUCAAGUACCUCGUCCUUUCAUCAAGAGAACCUUUGAUAUGAAGGGCAGUGAAGUUGCAAGGGAGGCUCUCAAGGGGAAACCCAAAGACAUUGACCUCUCAAAAAUCACAUUGAAGGAUGUCGAUUUUGACAACUUAGAGAAGUGGAUCAAGAUCGAACAGCAACAAAGUGAUUUUGUGAAAUUCCAAUUGAUUAAAGAUGCUGAAUUCUUCAAAAAUACUUACUUGCUUGAUUACUCUCUAUUAAUAAUGAAGAUAGAUUGGGGUGAGUAUUAGGGCAAAGUAGAAAAACUGGUAGACAUACCUUAAAAUGCCUUCCCUUCCCAAGAAGAGCCAAACAUCUAUUAUCACAUAGCCAUAAUAGAUUAUCUUUAGGAAUGGAACUUGUCCAAAAUGGCAGAGAAGGCAUCCAAGCAACUCUUAGCCAUGAACCCUAACUUGAAUGUCUCCGCUCAAACUCCAGAAAUAUAUGCCUAUAGGUUUAUUAACAAUUUGGUCAACAAGAUUUUCAGAUGA